GAUGCAGUAAACCUUUCUGUGGGGUUUGUGUGUAAGAUGUGCGUGCGCGCGCGCGCGUUAGGGGCGUGGAGGUGGAGGGGAGUGUUGCAACCCUCCUGUCACGUGAGCAGCCUGUCUGUCCUCUCCUCAGUCCGGAUCUCUUUGUUGUGGUGUCUGCAGCUGCUGCUCUCUUUACGCACCGCGUCGUCUCCGCUCCGCCGCCGGUGAGCCGCUUCACUACCGCGCGGACAAACAGCCACGUGAGCGGCUCGUGAUAAUCACCCUGACCGGGAAUCCGGACGUGAACGACCGUCCAACUGCGUUGUUAGACACGUAAAGACCCGCGGAGCUGCGUCGCUGCGGAGGACGGACGGAUGGCGGGGAUGCUGCCGCCUCCUCCCUGCACAACCCGGACCGCCUCCGAGGCUUCCUGAACGCGGAAUUUAAGCAGCUCUCCGCACAUUCCUCUAUCUUCACCACAGACUUCUGCUCCUUUCUGCAGCGGGGCACAGCGUGAGGCAGCCGGGGUGUGUGCGUGUGUGUGUGCGCGCGUGUGUGUGUGCGCGUGCUUCAAACAGGGAUUACGUUUGCACGCCUCUUCACCUGAAGCGAGUGAUUUGUGCUCCGGUGUGUGGAGGUUGGAUCAGCAUCAUGGUGUCAGGCCCUGGGAGGUGUCCCGGCGGGGCUUUCCGGUACCUGCUGCCCGCGUGCCUGCUGGCUCUGCUGCUCUACCUGCCGGAGGCUCGUGCGACUUAUUACCCUCAGAGCGGGGAGUGCAAAGGCAAAGGGAAGGACUGCACAGAUCUGUCGGAGAAGAAGAGCGACCUGAGGGUCUGUGACGACUCCAGCUGUCGGUUCGGAGGCGUCUGCAGAGACGACGGAGCUCAGCUCAAAUGUGUCUGCCAGUUCCAGUGUCACAAAAACUACGUCCCUGUGUGCGGCUCCAACGGAGACACCUACCAGAACGAGUGCUACAGGCGACAGGCGUCCUGCAAACAGCAGAGGCUCAUCUCCCGGGUGUCCGACGGGCCCUGCUCCACCGAUCAUGGUUCUGGUUCAGGAGACGGAGACGACGAAGGUUCAGGCUCCGACGUCGGGAAGAAGUUCACGAAGUGCAGCACGUGUAAAUACGGAGCCGAGUGUGACGAAGACUCGGAGGACAAACAUUCCUGUUCUGACUCCUUCUUCUUCUUCAGGUGCAUCUGUAACAUCGACUGCAGCGGGCACAACGAGAACCCCGUGUGCGCCACCGACGGGAACUCCUACAACAACCCGUGUCUGGUCCGAGAGGCGUCGUGUAUGAAGCAGGAGCAGAUCGACGUCAAACACCUGGGCAGGUGUCCCGCUGAUAAAGAGAAACUGGGGAAGAAGGACGACAGCAGUCCUAUCAAAGUCAACGUCUUGGAAACCACGGGUCUGGACCACGGCGACGGGUUCUACGCCGGGAUGCCGAUCCCCUGCGCCGACAGCUACGCCGGCUUCUGUGUUCACGGGAAGUGUGAGAUCAAGUACAACAUGGCCACCUGCAGGUGUGAUGCAGGCUACAAAGGCGCUCAGUGUGACGAGCCUCAGGACUUCAACAUCCUCUACGUGGUUCCCAGUGGACAGAAGCUUCACUACGUCCUCAUCGCCGCCAUCAUCGGCGCCGUGCAGAUCGCCAUCAUCGUCGCCGUGGUGAUGUGCAUCACAAGGAAAUGUCCAAAGAACAACAGGGGUCGCCGGCAAAAGCAAAACCUGGGACACUUCUCCUCGGACACGAACUCCCGGAUGGUAUAGCCGUGUUGGUCUGGGUUCUUUUUUUAAACGUUUUUUCUUACGGCGUGGGAAUACCAUUUUUUUAACGGUAGAUGUUUGGUAUUAAUUAUUCUUUUCUCCUGGGAAACCAUAAAAAAGAAGAACGAGGAUAUUUAUUUAAUGGGCCUUAUCUUUCCCUCCUUUUUUUAUUUUGUUUGGAUGGAAACAAUUUUUCUUUCUUUAACGAAGACCAAGUACACGGAGCCGAAUGGUGGAAGCCCGCUGGCACUGUACGCCAUUACCAUGUCCGCCGUCUUACUUUAAACUGCUUCAUCAGACGUUUUGUUGAAUGCUUUAUAAAUACGGUAAUGCUAUUUAUUGAAUGAUUAUUUCUACGCCCCGUCUGUUUUACUAAUGAUGUGCAGCUGAUCACCAAAUGCAGUUUGUUUUAAUGAGUUGUGUGUCGGACUUGGAGGCCAGCAGUGAUGUAGAUCUGUUUGUACUUAUUCUUUGGUAUGUAAAGACCAAACAUGCUAAUCAUUUAUUAGUAUUCUAAUAAUACUUUUCUUUAAAGUAGUUUUUGUUUAGGGUUAUACUUUUAUUUUAAACGUUGGUUUCUGAAUUCUAGUUCCUGUAUAUUCGCAUGACUUGUGACAACUGUGUACCGUGGUGUAGUUUUAACUUUGUAAAAGAAAAGCCGACGCCUCCUCGUUCUCAGAGCCGCAGAGAUCCGAUGGAGUCGGACUGAUGAACGGACGACACUGAGAGCGGAAGGCGUUCGUCGCUGUUGAGGGAAGGAAUGUGUAACGUUUGGGGGUCUUUACCCGCUCCGGAGAAUAACAAAAAGAAAAGUAGUGGGAAACAUUGGAGUUCGUUCUUCAAAAAAAACACUUUUUUGCUUUGACGAGGAACAGAUUCCUGUUGCUUUAAAAGGAAUGUUUUUACAUCUUCGUCCAGAGGAUUGUAAAGGAAGUUUGGACUGCAGACAUAGAUUAACUCUAAAUGAUUUUUAUGUUGUGUGUAACUGGAGAAAGUCUGGCCUACGGAGACGGCUGUAAUCGAGGCUUUUCUUUGAAUGUGAGAGAAUAAUUGUGUCUUUUUCUACUUUUGUUUGUUUUAGUUUUGCAUUUUCUCCCCAGUGAAACUUUCCACGCACAGACAACUUAUAAAAACACAUAAAGUUUCCUUCUGGUACGAACUUCAGAUGCAGGUCCUACAGAUGGCAGCGGUGUGCAGCUACCGCACCGUUAUCAAACUCCAAUUAAUGUUACAGACAAAUACACACACAUUUACAUCCAAUGAAUGCCGAUGCCUUUCUGUGUUUCUGUGUCCCUGUAACAGCCUGUCGUUAUAUUCUGUCACGUUUUGCCUUUUUGUGCGUUUUAUAUCCAAAGUCCCAUCAUUUCUUUGAAACUUGUCAGAAACUUUCCCCCAACACUCUCAAAACAUUCAUUACAAUCAUUGUGAUGUAAAUCAACGACGAACUAAACCUUCUCGUAUCUUAUACAUCCUUCAUUCCCCACACGUGACGCAGCCAUAUGUUUGUUGAUGCUCAGUAUUCGGGAGGUUGGAGGAAUACGUAACAUCUUGACUUGUAGUAAGCGUCAGUGUGUUCACGUCACAUUGGAUGAUGUCAAGGCCUUGUUGUCUCCACAGUUACAGAUCCACAUCUGAAAAGUGACAUGUUUUGUUUAAAGCUGACUCGUUCCAACGUGAACAUUCCCAAAUGUUACGAAGAAAAGAUCUGUAUGUUCUGUUUCCUGACGGCAUGUAAAAGAAUGACCUAGCAUAACUCUGCUCCACUUUGGUAAUUAUAGUUAAUAAUAACUAAAACGGAGACUUCGGUCCCUCUCGAUCCUCCCUCGUUUGGUCCGGACUUUCUGAUUUUUUCAGUUUGAUCGAAACCCUAAAUGAAGGUGGAAACUUCCCCGGACCAAACAGUCGAAACUUGUUUCAAUGAAGAAAAGGUUAGCAUUAAACUGAACCAUGUUCAUUAUGUUGGAUGGUUCAGACUUAUGGAAACUAUUACACAUACAGUUCUGGCAGGCUAUAAUCAGAACUGAAAAACAACGCAAUAAAACAAAACGAGCCGCGGUAGCACACGAGGAGAGUCCAUUUGAAAAAACUCACAAAGCUGUGUCGUUACACGCGCCUGAACUACGAUCGUAGCUCCCAGUAGCUCCUCUGACCAGAUGGAUUCUUGCGUGAUCUUAUGAUAUCGCAAGAAUCCAUCUGUCGUUCAAGGUAAAGAGAGGAUACGAACAAUCAAUCUACAAACCAACCAGCCAAGUAUCGGGAGACGCAGCUCACGUAGACGACGACAGGACGUAAUGCAGAAUUCUUUAGUGCGCGAGAAUCAUGAAACCAAAACUAACCAGAUCAAAUGAAAACCUAGAACUUUGGUUCGGACUUCCAGGUGUGAUAUUAAAAUAAACGUUAACCUCCGCAGAACAAUCGGAAUUCACAGUGAUUUGGUGUUAAGGCCAUGAGUUCAAUCAUUUAUGUUUCUUGUGCACAGCCCAUUGUGUAUCUGUGGAGGCGGACCGGAACCUCCGAGGCUCGACUCCCAACUCAGCAAAUACGGCAGCUUUACGACGCAUACGUUUUUUUCAAAAUAAGAUUCCAACGUAGGUUUAGGUUUUAAGUGUACUCGUGGUUUCGGACGUUUGUUACGUAACUGCCGUUAGUAAAGUACGUAAGCUACGUGACAAAGGUAAAAAACGUAUAACACGGGCUGUCUAAAAAUGAGGCGGAUGUGUUGACAUUGGAGUUGGAUGAAAGCGCGGCUCCUCAUGUGUCGGGAUCAGACGCCGUCGGGCGCUGGCCCAGCGUCAGUAUUUGACGAGUUGGGAGUGAGACCGGGUCAGCGAAGGUCCAAAAUGUGAGUUCAGGGGAGGUUUGUCUUCAUUUAAGUUUCGGUCACAGGAGUUUCUGUGAGGUCUUAGUCUACAGGUCGUAGGUCAGGCCCCCCCCCCCCCCCCCAGCAACGUGUUUCUACUUGUUGUCGACCGUCGCAGCCGUGACUUCUCUAAAUGUGAUUAGAAUGUGUUUGACAUGUUAAUAUUCUGCAUGUAGACUUUGAGAGGCUAUUUUUUGUCUCUGCCAAAAUAAAAAAGGAAAUGUUUUUUUAAUGUA